GGGCCCAUCACGUUGUUUACCGGGCACUGGCACGGGAACGCCCCGCUACAAGACAACAACAGGCAACAGAGAGAGAGAGAUAGGAGAGACCGAGAGAGUUCCCAAGAGCCAAAAAAGAACAGCGUCAGAGUUGCAUUUCCAUAAUUUGCAAGCAUUGUCUGGCUUGAGCGCGUAGCGCACCUCCGCCCAAAACUGCAACCGCCGCAGCCGCCGCCACCAAUACCGCCACCGCCAAGCCCCCUCCCUUCACUGCUUCUCUCCAUUUCCUUCUCUUUCUCUCUCCGCACGCCAUUGGAAAAGCAUUCUCCCGGCGAGGCUCAUUCCAGAGCCCUAAUUCGAUGUGAUUGUACAAUUCUUCUAUAAGAAUUUAUUAUACGUUUUCAUCAAGAGAGGAAGCGUUGCAUUUAUAUACACAGGGAGAGAGAAGAACGAGAAAUGCCAAGCGUCGGGGUGAAGCUUUACAGCGUCUUCUUCAAAUUCCUUCUCAAGCACCGUUUGCAGAACCACAUUCAAAACCCCAGCAGCAGCGACUCCUUCGGUCUCACCUCGCGCCCGGACGAAUCCGUCGCCGCUGUGAAUCCGUCCUUCACCGAUGGCGUGGCCACCAAAGACAUCCACAUCGACCCCAUGACAUCUCUCUCCGUCCGCAUCUUCCUUCCCGAUUCGUGCUUAGUCUCGCCCGAUCGUGACUUCAAGUCGCAGUCCAGGGCUAGGGUUAAGGCUGUGGUAAAACGGACCGAUCCUGAGCUUGGAUCUGCUCCGAUGGAUCCAAAUCACGGGCGUCGAAACAGCUUCGAGCCCUCGGGGACGGGCAAUGCGGUGACGAAUUCCGGGAAUAACAGAAGGAACAGUUACGGUUCUAUUGCUGAGGAUGUAAAUUCGAAGUCGGAUAGUGGUGUUUACAGAGGUUAUUCGCCGUCGAUUGGGAACUGUAGGAAACUGCCGGUGAUGUUGCAGUUCCAUGGCGGAGGGUUCGUGAGUGGAAGCAACGAUUCGGUGGCGAACGAUUUCUUUUGUCGGCGGAUUGCCAAGCUGUGCGAUGUGAUUGUUCUUGCUGUGGGAUACAGGCUUGCGCCGGAGAAUCGCUACCCAGCUGCUUUUGAGGACGGCUUGAAGGCUUUGCAUUGGUUGGGGAAGGAGGCGAACCUGGCAGAAUGUAGUAAGACGUUCGGAAAUACGCGUGGAGCUGGAACCGAUUUGAGGAAAUCUGUCAAUAGGAUUUCCGAUGCGUUCGGGGCAUCCAUGGUGGAACCAUGGUUGGCAGCUCACGGAGAUCCAUCCAGAUGUGUCCUCCUUGGGGUGAGCUGUGGUGCAAAUAUUGCAGACUAUGUGGCUCAGAAAGCUGUUGAGGCAGGGAAGCUUCUGGACCCGGUAAAGGUGGUGGCUCAGGUGUUGAUGUAUCCAUUCUUCAUAGGGAAUGUUCCUACACGAUCAGAGAUAAAACUGGCAAAUUCGUACUUUUAUGACAAGGCUAUGUGCAUGCUAGCAUGGAAACUGUUUUUACCCGAGGAAGAAUUCAGCCUGGAUCACCCUGCUGCCAACCCUCUCGUACCAGGUCGUAGACCGCCUCUAAAGCUCAUGCCUCCUACAUUGACAAUUAUAGCAGAGCAUGACUGGAUGAGAGACCGGGCUAUUGCGUACUCAGAGGAGCUCCGGAAGUUAAAUGUCGAUGCACCUGUUCUUGAUUACAAGGAUGCAGUUCAUGAAUUCGCAACCCUUGACAUGCUCCUUAGGACCCCACAGGCCCAGGCCUGCGCGGAGGACAUAGCCAUCUGGGUUAAGAAGUACAUCUCACUUCGAGGUCACGAGUUCUCGUAUUGAAUUGAAUUUUUGAAGGUAACAAACAAAUAGUUCUAUCUAGCGUUCUUCUUGUGUACCUGCCAUCAAAGGGAAUUGAAAUGAAAUCUUGUCCCCAUUACUCAUGGGGUGGGUGGGUAGUUGUAUCUACUGCCUCUUUGCGCCACGGCUUCUGAGCUGUACUACGGUUUUGGCAUUGAUGGUUCCUCGUUCCGUUUCCUGUAAGAUAAAAGAGAGAAGCUAUCUGAGAGAUGAAGAUUUAGAUGAGGUGUGAGAUAGUUUACAUGCUUUUGCGGGGCCUUGAAAGCGUUAUUUUCAUCCUGCCCUCUGUAUCAAAAUGUACUACUGUUUCCCAUGGAUAGAGUGAGUGAACCCAGCGAUUUUCUCCUUCGUCCAUUUUUGUUUUGUUUUUUUGUUUUUUUUGGGUUUUUGGUUGGAACGAGAUACUCUGCUUCAACAUUGUACUAGUUCCUGUGUAUAGAGUUUAAUUAAAUUCAUUCUCUUUUAAUGUU